AUGUCCUCUAUGGAAAUUCCUGAGCCGCAUGGCUCGUUGAUGCUCGCGGUGAAUCAUUUAUUGCAGGCUGAUGCAAAGAUAACAGUGGUGGCCCCCGAAAUCCAUCCGUUGAUCCGCAAGUACUCUGAGCUAAGAUUACUAGAAGUGAUAGAACGCGAGUUCAAAAUGGAGGAUCUCCAGAUGUACCAAGAACCAGGAGAUAUCAGCAAGCUUGAUAUCGAUCGCGAUCGCGACGCAAUAGAGCGCAUUUCGAGCAGUCGAUUCGCGAUGGUGCUUACUUGUCUCAACAACUACGAUCUGAGCUUGCGAAUUUACUACCGCUGCCGGCAGCUGGGCCUGAACGUCAAUCUUGCGGAUAAGCCUAAAAAUUGUGACUUUUAUUUUGGCUCCACCUAUAGACAGGGUCCGUUACAAAUAAUGAUCAGCUCCAACGGAAAGUCGCCCCGGUUCACAAACAGACUCAAAGAACAUAAGAUCAAACCCAUGUUUGAACAACUGGACAUCCGGAAGGCAAUAGAGAAUCUUGACUAUUUGCGCACAACACUGCGCACCAAGAUACACCCUGGAGAGUCACCGGAAGUGAUAAAGAACCGCAUGGAGUGGAAUAAAAAAAUCACGGAUUCGUAUUCUAUCGAGGAAUGGACAAAAAUGGACAAAGCCCAAAUUGACAGAAUCUUAGCAAACCAUGCUAGUGUAUAA